CUCCCCUCCUCCCGCACCCCCAGCCCGCUCAGACUCUCGCGAGAACGCAGCAGGGUAUAAAGGCAGCGGCACACGCGCGCUCUUUGCGCGUCCUCUUCCUCCCUGGUGUGAGUGACCUGUAGCUAAGAGACCUCGUUGUGGGAACUGCUGAUAAACAAGAUGUCUUCAGGAAAUGCCAAAAUUGGGCACCCUGCCCCCAGCUUUCAGGCCACAGCUGUUAUGCCAGAUGGUCAGUUCAAAGAUAUCAGCUUGUCUGACUACAAAGGAAAAUAUAUUGUGUUCUUCUUUUACCCUCUUGACUUCACCUUUGUGUGUCCUACGGAGAUAAUUGCUUUCAGUGACAGGGCAGAAGAAUUUAAGAAACUUAACUGCCAAGUGAUUGGUGCUUCUGUGGAUUCUCACUUCUGUCAUCUGGCAUGGAUCAACACACCAAGGAAACAAGGAGGAUUGGGGCCUAUGAACAUUCCCUUGGUGUCAGAUCCCAAGCGCACCAUUGCUCAGGAUUAUGGGGUCUUAAAGGCUGAUGAAGGCAUCUCAUUCAGAGGCCUCUUUAUCAUUGAUGAUAAGGGUAUCCUUCGGCAGAUCACAGUAAAUGACCUUCCCGUUGGCCGCUCCGUAGAUGAGACCCUGAGACUCAUUCAGGCCUUCCAGUUCACUGACAAACAUGGAGAAGUAUGCCCAGCUGGGUGGAAACCUGGCAGUGAUACUAUCAAGCCUGAUGUCCAGAAGAGCAAAGAGUAUUUCUCUAAGCAGAAGUGAGCACUGGGCCAUGAGAACAAAAGCUCUUUUGUAUUUUUUUUUCAUGCUUUAAACAUGAGAUGUAUGGGGCAAUAUAUGCCUUUCCUACAGGUUUUGGGAAAACCCUCUCCUCUUUUCCUGGUGGUAAUGGCCUGAGCUGUGCUGUGGGGUAGACCAUCUGAUAAUGUAUGAUGCAACAGUAGCAGAGCAUCUGCCCAUUCAGUGACCUUUUGUAGUCAUUAAAUUUGAACUGAGA